CCUCAGCCUGCUGCUCCGCCUGCGCCUCCUGCUCCCGGCGCUCGGCCCCAGCACGCCGGCUCCCGAGCGGCCAUGGGCGGCGCGGGGUCCGCAGUGUAGAGUCCGCCCGUCCCGGACCCGCGUCCCGCACCCUGACGGUCCCGAGCCAUGGGGGUGUUGAUGUCCAAGAGGCAGACAGUGGAACAGGUGCAGAAGGUGAGCCUGGCUGUGUCUGCCUUCAAAGAUGGGCUACGGGACAGGCCUUCUAUCCGACGCACUGGUGAGCUUCCAGGGUCCCGCCGUGGCACUGUAGAGGGCUCUGUCCAAGAGGUACAGGAGGAGAAAGAAGCAGAGGCAAGUACCCCAGUGCUCCAAGAAGAGAGCAGUGUCAACCGCGCAGCCUGGGAGAGGCUCCGAGAUGGGCGUGGAGUGGAGCCAGAGGAGUUUGACAGGACUAAUCGUUUCACACCCCCUGCCUUCAUCCGCCCCACCCGAAAGCUGGAUGAUGACAAGCCUCCUGAUAUCUGCUUGGAGCCUAGAGAACUUGUUGUCAACGAUGAGAUGUGUGAUGUCUGUGAGGUCUGGACAGCUGAGAGCCUCUUCCCGUGUAGGAUCUGCACCAGGGUUUUCCAUGAUGGCUGCCUGCGCCGCAUGGGCUACAUCCAAGGAGAUAGUGCAGCAGAGGUGACCGAGACAGCCCACACAGAAACCGGCUGGAGCUGCCACUACUGUGAUAAUCUCAACUUGCUGCUAACUGAGGAGGAGAUGUACAGCCUCACAGAGACCUUUCAGCAGUGUAAAGUUAUUCCUGAUUGCUCCCUGACACUGGAGGACUUCCUGCGCUACCGCCACCAAGCAGCAAAGCGGGGGGACAGUGACAGGGCUCUAAGCGAGGAGCAAGAAGAGCAGGCAGCCCGCCAGUUUGCAGCCCUGGACCCUGAACAUCGAGGACACAUAGAGUGGCCUGACUUCUUGUCCCAUGAGUCCCUCCUACUUCUGCAGCAGUUGCGUCCCCAGAACUCUCUGUUAAGACUUCUGACAGUCAAGGAGAGGGAACGAGCCCGGACCACUUUCCUGGCCCGGGGCAGUGGGAACACUAUCAGUGAGGCAGAGUGCCGUGGAGCCCAGCACUCUUGGUUCUGCAAACGCCUUACAGAGGUUCCUUCCUGCAAUGUCAGCAUCAGCCAUGUGGGUCCCAUAGCAGACAGCAGUCCAGCCAGCAGUAGCAGCAAGAGUCAGGACAAGGCUCUGCUGCCCACAGAGCAGGAGUCCAGAUUUGUGGACUGGCCUACCUUCCUGCGGGAGAAUGUUGUCUACAUCUUGGCUGCUCGCCCCAACAGUGCAGCAAUUCAUCUGAAACCCCCAGGAUAGCAUGGAGCAGAGAAGCUCAGUUCGGGGACAGUGAUGUUUCUCCCUCCUCUCCUUUUUCUCUUUCCCUCUUUCCCCCACCAUCCUCUGGUACUGAGACUUACGGGAAUGGAGCACUGCCAGCAUCGCAGUUUGCCAUUAAGCUUUAUGGAACUGAAAUCACUGCUCCCCUCACAACAGAGGCAGUAAAUGCAUUGCUGCAGGGAAAAGCCCUGGGAGCUGUGGCGGUAUCCACUCCUGGACCCAUCCUCUGCCCUCACAUCAUAAGACUGGACCUGCCACUGAACACAUAUGUGUGCACAUUCACACAUGCCUAGCUGUCCAUGCCUUCAGAGACCUGGUUCUUCUUGAUUGAAAAAGGAUCAAAGUUCCUUUGUGAAGCUCCUGGUAUGGAUGAGAGGGGUCUCUAUUCACUCCUAUUGGCCAGUUCUGAUUUCUAGAAGACAAGUCUCUGGCCAAGUGAUUUUUAAAUAGGGCAUAUCAGUCUCACAUGCUGUCCUGGAGAUGCUGAUAGGCUCCCUCUUCCUCAAUUGAAAAUCCCUUCUGUGGUGAGCCACUAUCCUGGUAGGUAUGUGCUAUGUCCCUUAGGUAUGUUGAACUGGGAAAAUUUUUGAAAACCACCACUGCACUUCAGCCCGUUGUUUAUUUAAAUCCUUAUUCCUAGUGACAGAGAAGGCAUCUAGCCCCUCCUAGGAACCCAGAAUUCUAGGAAUCUCUCAACCAAGUCUUUCAAGUCCAAAAGUCUUUAGCAGAAGAGUCAAAAAACCAAGAUGAGCCAUCCUGGCCCCUGUUUUACAGAUGGGAACACAUGGCCCAGAGCCCAUGGGCCUGAAUGGAACAAGUAUGAUGGCAGGAGUCACAAUCCUCUGUAUUAGAUGCUUGACCCAAGUCACAGAGACCUGAAGCCUGAUAUCCAAUGAAGACCAGUUUAGGAUGGAAAAAGAGAGGAGAAGCCUCAUGAUAUUCCAUCUUUCCACCUCAGCCCAAAUGUAGAUCUAGAAGAGUGUGCCAUUGUAUGGAGAACAAGAGCCAGCCUCUUCCAUAGCACCACUGACAAGCUGGAGCCAAGAAGAGGAUUUGCAUCUCAGCGCUCGCGCGCGCUCUCUCUCUCUCUCUCUCUCUCUCUCUCCUUCUCUCUCCCCUUCUCUCUCCCACCCUCCCUCCUCAGCUCUUCAGCAGAAGUCCCAGCAAAACCUCACAGGAGGUUCAUCCUCCCCAUCACUGAGAUACGGCCUGAGUUGCUGCUUCUCCCUGCUACUCACUACAUGUCUUUCGCCACCAAGCCUGGGUCUUAAGUCCCAGCUGUCCCCCUUAAGUUCUUAAGUCACUGCAUGUUGUAGGUCAGCUCUGGCCCUGGAGUCCAGGUUCUGUUUCCAAUCUGAAUAUUAGAGAGGGGAUUGGCUCCAUCAUGUUGAAACUAACAUAUCCCCAUUGCUCAAGGCACUUGUAUUAAAUUGUGUGCUUACAGAAGUAGCAUACAGCUCAGUGUUGAGAUGCUCAGAGGAACGUGGGGAGCUACAACCAAGGUUAUGGUAACAACAUUAUAUGGUCACCUUCUGUAGAAACUGCUUGACCUAGAACAGGUUGUGAAGCUUCGGGGGUUGGUUUAUUCAGGACUGAAAUGAAGCAGACAGAAAAUGAAUCUGGGUUCAUGGGUAUGGCCCUGAACAUUUUAAAACCCACAGCUUUUUAAAAAUACUGCUUAGCCAUACUCCCAAGACUGAUCAUUAAGAGGGGCCAUUGUUCAGUUUAGCCAGAAAGGAAAAAAAAAAAAGAGAGAGAGAGAGAAAGCACAUGACUCUUGGGUCCAAGGACUGACUGCCUCUGAAGCAGCCAGACCUAGGGUUUUGCAAUGAAAAAGAUUAAAGCACAUUCAGCACAGGGGCUCUUGCUUAUUCUUCUGGUAAAUCACCUUGUAUGCCAAUGGCCUUGGGCUGCUGGAUCUCACAGGGCAUUUUGAGUAGAGACAAGCUCUGGGCUCUGAGAGCGGAACACCUUUUUUCUCCUGCCUCAUCAUCAGUCAUAGGGAGUGAACUAUAUCUUCCUGUGCCCUGAUCCUUCACAGACAAAGUGAUGCCUACCUCUCUGGAGCUGCAGCUUUUAGCUUUCUGUAGAUGAGUGGUAAAAGACCAUGCAUGGCCAGAUCGGGCUGGCUGCAUCUCAGGGCCUGGCAAAGCAGGAUUCCUUCCACAGUAGGACCAGGCUCAUUGAGACUAUUCUUCUCCCUAUUCCAAGACAGCAAGUUUCCUUGGUAGGGGCAUGCUGCAGAGGGCCCAGGGAACCCCAGCAUAGAAUUCCCAGUCCACAAAGUCCUAAGAAGCAGAAAAGCAUGGAGAAGCAACUAGCCUUUUCUCCCAUUAGGCAAUUAACUUUUUACCAAUGUAAAGAUUCCCUUGCUCCACCAGAUCAGAGUUGUAGAAGCCCCACCCCAAUCCCCAUCUGGGAUUUUGCUUUGCAGUGUUCUAAUCCAUGGAGAUCAUCUGCAGUACAUAUGAAGCUGUUCAAACUUUUAUAAACUUAGUGAAGCCCAUUCCCUUUCCUUUGCAUCAAACCUUUCCAUCACUGUGACUAUCUGAAAUUCUGCCAAGUACAAAAAUUAGUGUCUGACUCUUAAGGUUUGAGAAAAUGUUCUAGUCAUUUCUUCUUGGCUGCCCAAAAUUGAGAUCAGUGCUUUUUACAAACACCACCCACUCCACCCACUAUCAACAGAGGUUAGGGGUUGCUCCUCUGACAUCGCCUUGCCCUAAGCCUAUUUUUUACCCAACACUCCUCUUCCCUAUGCUCAGAUUUAAAGGCAGAGGCAUCUGGAUGACACAGUGGAGCUGCAGUGAUAGAAGGUAAGUAAGGCAGUAAGCUGUGGCCAUACCAUAUAACAUCCAGAUCUGAUUUGUGGCUUCCUCACCUGAGACCAGCCUUCCUCAACAGAGGAAGGCUCUGUGGUUUUGAACAAUGGUCCCCUUUGGAUCCCAGAGAUGGAGCAGACCCCUCCUCUAGGUACUGACCCACUCUCAAGUGCUUUUCUUCCUAUGAGAAUAGCCAAAUCUAUGAGCAUAUUGCCUCUUCUCACCUCUAGCCCAAGUGACUGGGCCUACAGGGCAGAUAAGCCUUUUUGGCCCUGGUGCUCCCUAUGGGAUGUCACCCUGACCUUAUUUGAGUGGCCAGAUCUAGCAGUUCCCCCAUUCCUAUCACUAACAUUGGAGGCACAAAAUCAUACUGCCUGGGAAGAAGGCACCUCUCUGGAGAGUAAGCCCAGGAUUGUGCCUAGGCCUCUUAGUCCGAAGCACAACCUCAACAAUUGCCGGUCUCAUGACUUCAGUAAGAGCAGUGCAAGGAAGCCCUAAAGGCAAGAGGGAAGCUCAGCAGAAGCUGUCUGGUAGGGCCUCAGGCUAGUUAUGACCACCUCAGAGUCCAGAAUAACCUCCAGGCAUGACUGGUAGCAGGCUCUUAGUGAUCCUACAAGCAUGACCCUUUCAAACUAGCAGAAUUUGAUAUAAGGAAGGUAUAUAUUUGGCACUGAAAGAAUAACGUCCUGGCAGCAUUUGUAACCAUAACCCCUUUUUACUCCUCAAUCUAAGAGUAAUAAAAUUGCUUCUUUCCCUAUACCACUUAAUUUGAAUUUGCCCAGGAUCCUUUUCUGGGGCCCUGACUGCAGCUUAGAUAACAGAUCUGGAUGGAGGAUGGGAAAUACUAUAUUGUGCCUACUCCCUGUAGCUCAGUCCUGGAAUGUGGUAGGACUGGGCAUUUCCCCUGCUGCCACUGCUCUUGGCAACCUUGAAAGAAAAACAGGUGACAGAAUUUCUAAUAGACCCAACUAGCACUAAGGAAAACCUUUCCUCUGAGCCACAUGUCCUGAUGACCCAAUUUGUGGACAAUGUGUCACAUCUGGUCUGGGCCAGUAACUAAGAAGCCCAAUCACAUUCCAGCUUGUAUAGCACAGGUUGGCAUGACCAUAAGUGAGAACAUCAUGUUAUAAGCAGCAAGGCCUUUCCAUAACCAUGUGAAACAAAGGUCUUUAAGUUUACCCUCCUUUAAGAGAUGGCCUGUGAUCUAUCUUCUAGCCAAAUACAGGCUUGUGAGGGGGUUCCUGAGAACACAUAACUGGAGGAUCCAAUGCCCUCUGGUCCCUUAUACCCUUCCUAUGUUCUUUUCUGCAGAAGGUAACUUGACAGUAAGCCGAGGGGAAUAUCCCCAAGCCCUGGCUUCCCACCAGUACAGCUGCAUGCUCCUCCCCAUGGCUCAGCCCUCACUCCUGAAGGAGCUGAUGCUCCCAGAGGCUGGGCACAGUGGAAAUCAUAAUAAAGAGAUUGUGAUGCUAUUUUGGCUUCCUGCUUCCUGUUAUUCAGGCACCUGCUGAGUUUCUUGUUUCCCUAUCAUUAGCCAAUUCCUGAGUCUAAGGAGCUACUGUGGCCUCCAGGAAGAAUACAAUAUGCUAUGGCUCUCUUUCUGGAGCUUUCCUGGUGCUGACCUUCCCAAGAAUCAAGUGAUGGGUUGGGAGGAGGCAGGGGCUCCACCAUGGACACAGGGAAAAUGAAAGCACAGAAGAGAAGCCAGAAUUUUCUAAGAAACUGAGGAAUAGUUAAGGCCUCCAAGCCUAUCUGCAGUGUAUUCCACCACUACCACCAAGGGCCAGUUUUAGACACAUUUCUCUUCCCAGUUCCUGCUGGGUGACAAAGGAAGCUAGCUGUCUGUUUUCUCCUCGUCUUCUGAGUCCUUCUUGGUAGAAGAUUUUCUCCCCAUUUUUGCAGUGUUUUAAUGUGAUAUGAUAGAGUUGGGUAAACUAAGGUCAAGAGAAGCUUUCAAGGACGCCUGGGUGGCUCAGCGGCUGAGCGUCUGCUUUUGGCUUAGGGCGUGGUCCUGGGGUCCAGGAUCCCUCAGGGAUCAAGUCCCACAUUGGGCUCCCUGCAGGGAGCCCACUUCUGCCUCUGCCUAUGCCUCUGCCUCUGUCUCUCAUGAAUAAAUAAAUCUUUUUUAAAAGAGAGAGAAGCUUUCAGAGGACUGUGAAGUCUCAUUUCUUUUACCUGAUAACAGAGCCAGUACCUAUAGGCAAAGAAAGCAUCUCUAGAGUGUGGAUCAGAGGCAUAUACUUUUACCUCUAAACUGUAGGGGCCCCAAAUACAAAUCAUUGCUAAUAUUUUUGAGCACUUACUAUGCACUGGGCAGUUCUAAAUGCUUUAUAUAAAAUCAUCUUCAAAACAACCCUGAGGUUUGUAUUACAGAUGAGAAAAGUGAAGAACAGAGGCUGAGAGUUUCUCGAGGCUACACAGUCCUAUAGGAAGCAGGGGAACCAGGUAGACUGCCUUCAGUGCCCAUGUUCUUAACCACUUUAUUGUGCUGCCUGUCAGGGACAUCUCAAGGAAACAGCUACUGUGUGGUCUAGCAUAUCCUCUUUCCACCCUGGGAACAGGCACAUAAGCAACUAGUCCUGUAGCCAUGUCACAGGAUUUCUUACAACCUACACAACUCGGGAUCCCUGGGUGGCGCAGCGGUUUGGCGCCUGCCUUUGGCCCAGGGCGCGAUCCUGGAGACCCGGGAUCGAAUCCCAUG